UCGCUCUGUAGGAAGAACCUGUAACCCAUUGGUCAAAUAUGAUUAUGAUUCGCGAGUAAAAGGUGAACAUUGAUAAUCGUAUUAAUCAGAUUAGCAGCAAUAUCUUCCUUCCAAAGGCACGAAGAUAAAGAAACGACGGAAAUUGAACUGACCAAGGUCAGUGUGAUUAACCCAACACCUUCCUUGGAAAGUAAUGCAAAAAUAUGUCGCUUGUAUCAGACAGUGAACAAGCGUCCGGGUAUCUGGAACACCUACAGGCUCGUCUUUGGGAGCAAGGAGACCACUCUCAAGAUGAUGACAUCACAUCUAUUAUGGCUAUGCUGGACAGUCCAUUGUUCCGACAGCUUCUUACACUGCAGGAGUCACUUACAGAACUUAAACAGGUUGCUAAUACAUAUCCUGUAAAUGACGAGACAUUCGAGAUUUCAUUGUCAGGGGAGCUAAUCCUGAACAUGCCUCCCGAUAGCAUCAACAGCAGUAACCACCACGACCAGCCUUUCAGUGAGAGUACAGCAGAUGCCUCGACCCUUAACUACACUGGAGUUGAGAACCCUAUUGUGACCCCAGCAUACAACUUCGAAUUCCAGAGGGCCCUGGAGCGGGCUUCUCAAGGCCGGCAGAUAGAAAUAAUAAAACUUUUCAAACCAGAGAACAGCAGCCUUGGCUUUAGUGUUGUGGGCCCCAAGAGAAUGGAAAACCAGGUGGAUAUGGGGAUAUAUGUCCAGGAGAUUCAGCCUGUCGGCAUCGCUGCAAGAGAUGGACGACUGCGAGAAAGAGACCAGAUUUUGGCCAUUGAUGGCCAGCCCAUAGACAUUUCCCACCAGGAGGCUAUUCGUAUUCUUCAGAGUGCACGUGGUCUGGUGGAGCUGAUAGUUGCACGUGGACCUAUUCCACAGCAGCCCGACCUUGUCAGCACAGACACGUUUGCAGAUCAACAGACUGAUGUCCAGAUUGAUGCAGGAUCCGCAGAUAUGGUGUUGAAUACAGAAUGGACCCAAAUUGAAGUAAUUGACCUGAUCAAUGAUGGGACAGGACUGGGUUUUGGUAUCAUCGGUGGCCGGAGUACAGGGGUAGUGGUUAAGACCAUUUUACCAGGUGGAGUGGCUGACUUGAAUGGAAGACUUCACAGUGGCGACCAUGUACUUCAGAUAGGUGAUGUCAACGUUCGAGGUAUGGGGUCUGAACAAGUCGCGUCAGUCCUACGCCAGUCGGGCAGCCAUGUUCGUCUGAUUGUGGCCCGGCCUGUAAUGGAGCCCUCACCUAUUCCUGUGCCUCACGCCCCAAUCGUACCGACACACCAGUUGGACGACCACAUCCAGCAGAUAAACCGAUUCUUGGAGGGCACAGACAUUCAAGCAAUGUCUGAAGACAACCUUCAACAACAGCAGCAGCAACAACUGCAACAACAGCAGAGCAUGGACGGCCUUGUACAAGUCCAUAUACCUCCCGAGUUCCCAGAGGUGGAGUAUUUCGAUGUGGACCUUAUGAAGGAUGACCAGGGCCUCGGUAUCACUAUCGCUGGCUAUGUAGGUCGCGAGAACUCUCCAGAUGAGCUCUGUGGCAUCUUCGUCAAAAGCAUUGGUGAGGGAAGCGCGGCAGCUCAAGAUGGCAGGAUACAAGUAAAUGAUCAAAUUAUACAGGUAGACAACCAGGUUUUGACAGGAUUUUCAAACCAUGAGGCUGUGGAGGUUCUCCGUAAAACAGGCCAGAUGGUUCACUUGAAGCUCGCGCGUUACCAGCAUGGUCCUAAAUUUGAAAAGCUACAACAAUAUUUGUCACAGCCGAUGGGGAUGCACACUAUACCGCCUUACAACAUGGCCCAGGGUAUGGACAUGACAGGCAUGGUACACGACCAAAAUCACCAGAGUCUCAGUCUGGACGACAUCGGAUUUCUUACUGAUGAGGAUUAUACAGGUGAACUGCUUCCUGACACUGAGACUGCUAUCAGAGCAUGCUGGGAACCCAUCAUUGGGGAAGAGUUUGAAGUCGUGGUUGCCCAGCUGUCGAAGUUUAAGGAAGGAGGCGGACUGGGAAUCAGUCUAGAGGGUACUGUGGACGUGGAAAAUGGCAAAGAGGUUCGACCACAUCAUUACAUACGCUCCAUCCUUCCUGAUGGCCCUGUCGGCGUCAAUGCUAGAUUGAUGAGUGGUGACGAGCUGCUGGAGGUGAAUGGCAAGAGGCUUUUAGGACUGAACCACAAAGAGGUUGUUGGAAUCCUUAAAGAGUUACCCCAGAAUGUUCGUCUGGUAUGUGCCCGGCGGAUACAAAAGAGUUCCAAUGAUAUCUAUGCACAGCAGGAGAACCAGUUCCACAGCUCACAGCUCAACUCCGGAGUAAAUGAGGUGACACCCAUCUCAGACAGGUUGGUGAAGGCCAAGUCUGAGAUGGCGCUUGCAUCGGUGGACAGUACUCCCAUCCAAAACUCCCUCAACAAAAUGAAGUCUCGAUCACUUGAGCCAUUGACUAACCUAGCUAUGUGGAGUGGUGAGCCUGUUGUGAUCGAGCUGAAGAAAGGCGAUAAGGGUCUAGGAUUUAGCAUUCUGGAUUACCAGGACCCUGGGAACCCUACUGAGACUGUGAUAGUGAUUAGAAGUCUUGUACCAGGGGGUGUGGCACAGCAAGAUGGCCGCCUUGUGCCAGGUGAUCGACUCAUAUUCGUCAAUGAAGACAAUCUAGAAAAUGCUAAUCUGGAUGAGGCCGUACAAGCCCUGAAAGGUGCUCCAAAAGGGAUUGUACGUAUUGGUGUUGCCAAACCCUUGCCAUUAGGAAACAAUGCAUUCCAGCCAACAAACAAUAGCCAGAAUGCUACCUUCCCACUGAAUCACCACAGUUAUCCAGAGGGCGGUUAUCACUUUUCGAGUCUUCCCCAGCCUCCACAACAUAUAGCACACUCUGCCGAAAAUUUACAACGACUUCCUGAACAUGACAGCUACUCCUUUCCCAUGUCCAUGCAAGAACAGACAGACUCAUUUUCCAGUGGUGAGAGAACAGAUGGGCGUAAAUCAAAUCGUGAUAGUUUUUAUGAAAGUGAUGAGGAUCAAGGCAUUGUUUCGCCAAAUAAGCCUUCCCCCGUUAAACCAGUGACCACACCUCGGACUCAUAUACAUAAAAACAUGGCAUCUGGUUCCUAUGAGAAUGAUAGUGUAGUGCUUAGUCUACAACAGCAACAGUCAGAAAUGUCUGUAGACAGGACGCCUCCGACCCCUCAACCACGAACUGGCCUCCCCGACUAUGAAAACUUAAUGAAAACAACACAACCAAAAGUGUUGCUUGAACCUGCCAAGUUUACAUCAGAAAGUCCACAUUCAGCAUCUCCUGUGGAUUAUGAAAAUGCCCUGCCGACUUACGAGGAAGCUACAGCAGGUAUCUGGACGAUAUGUUUACAACAGUUCCUCCUAUUCCCGGAUGGACCACCCCCUCCCGUGCCACUUCGAACAGAAUCUCACACACAGCAAUACGUCCAGGAGGAAGUGAUUCAAAAGGAGGAGGAGAGGAUGGUCAGGUCAAGUCCAUUGUCUGAUGAGCCUGUGAUAAGUGCAACGCCCCCAAGUGACAAAAAGGCGUCCUCACCCAAGCGGACACCUCCCCCGAUCCCUCCUAAACCAACUCCACCCAAAGCUCUGCUGAUACAAGUCAAGCCGAAGGACGUACCACCCCCUCUUCCAGCUUCUUCUCCCCCCAAAUUAGACUCUGCUGGUGCCUCGCCUGACAAUAGAGUAGAGGUAGGCGUAAAGAUCAGCCCACGAGUUCCCCGACACCGACAGACUGACAGCCUUGAUAGUUCGUUUUCCUCCUCAUCAGAACCAGCCCCUGCUGCAAGUGACCUUAACAAGUCCUCCCCCUGCUCAUCCCCCCGGACCAUGUCCCCAGGGCGCUCGCCCAUGUCUUCCCCAAACCUAAGACGUACCCUCUCAGGAGGUUCUGACUCCUUACCCCCAUCUUUAGAGAAAAAACUGAAGCUGAAAAAAGGAAAGGAUGAACUGGGUAUGACAGUGGAGGCGGUCGACAAAGGUGUGAAUGGUUGUCUGGUGAAGACAGUGUUACGCACAGGUGCAGUGGGCAAAGAUGGACGUAUUCAGGCUGGGGAUUACAUUGUGGCCGUCAACAACGAAAGCUUGAGGAAAGUCACCAACGCCCAGGCACGGGCUAUUAUUCGUAGAGCCACAUUGCUUGGUCUAGAUAUAGACAUAUCCUACAUAUCAAGUGAAGAUGCUGCUGCCUUCAAGGAAUCUGCUGCCAAUCAACCUCCUCCUCAGAGCCCCACCCACUACUCCAUGAUGCCUUCUCCAAAGAUAUUUCCAAAACAUUAUCGAGCAAAUCUGUCACCACUGGCUAGCAAGUCUGUAACCGACACAAACAAUGCAAGUCCAACUAUAGCCACAACCCAGCCUACUACCACUCUGGCCACCGCUAUCACCACAAACAUAUCAGGUGUGACAGCCCUCACAGUUGAGGCUACCACACACAGUACCACCAACACCUCACUAGAACCUGCACCAGUGUCACCUCGACAGAAGUCCCUGGCUGCUGAUGGGUCUCCAGCCACUGGUAAUCAGACAUGGGGACCACAGCGCAUGGUGGAACUAUCACGGGAACCCAAUAGGGGACUUGGUAUCAGCAUAGUGGGUGGAAGAGUGGAUCUGUUUCAUGUCCAGCAGGAAAACACAAUCUCAGGAAUUUUUAUCAAACAUGUAUUAGACGACAGUCCUGCUGGGAAAAAUGGCACUCUCAAAACUGGAGACCGCAUUCUAGAGGUGGAUGGCAAGGACCUUCGAAAUGCAUCACAUGACCAGGCUGUUGAAAUAAUCAGGAAUGCAUCGACACCAGUCAAGUUUCUGGUCCAGAGCCUCACUGACCAAGCAUGUCCAACCGAUUUGGAAAUCGACACCAAGUCGGUGCAAUCAUAUGAAGAGGCUCUCUCAUUACCACCACAAAGUGUGGAGUUGGACACGGUGGGAAAGGUCGAUGAAAGGUCAACAACCCCGCCUGCAGUAGAAGUUGUGGAAGAAGACAGUGGAGAGGAAGAUGAAUAUGGAUACACAAUGAAAAGGAUACAACGACGAUAUGGUGACUUGACCGGGGCCCUACACCUAGUGGACUUAAAGAAGAGUGGGAAUGGGCUUGGAAUCAGUUUAGCAGGCAACAAAGAUCGCAACACUAUGAGCGUCUUUGUGGCAGGCAUACAACCUGAAAGUGUUGCAUGGCGUGAUGGCCGCAUACACAUUGGCGAUGAACUCUUGGAGGUCAAUGGCCAAGUCCUCUAUGGCAGGAGUCACCUUAAUGCCUCAGCCAUCAUCAAAGGCUUGACCGCAGCUGUGGUCAAGAUAGUUCUUGUCAGGAGACAAGAAAACUUGGAACACAUGGCAGUAAAGCCAUUGAAACCCACUGCAGCAGCUGUGUCCUCAGAGGAUAUUUUUUCCAAUCCAAGUCAUUCCCAACCAGCAACUAUUGCUACAACCCCUGACCCUUCCAUAGAAACAGGGGCAGCUUCUCUAAGUCCACAAGAUGUUUUCCAGGUUUUUAAUCUUCAAAAGGGAGCCUCAGGUCUUGGUUUUGCCAUAGUGGAGGAGAACAGAGAUGGGAGGCAGGGUAUCUAUGUCCGAAGUAUAACUCCUGGAGGAGUGGCAGCUCAGGAUGGUCAGUUGAGUGUCUGUGACCAGAUUCUGGAGGUUGGCGACAGACCUCUUACUGGUGUCCAUUAUGAUAAAGCAAUAGAAAUUUUACGCAAUAGUCAGGGAACAGUGAGAUUAAAAGUACGCAAAUGUGGGGAGAACAACGAAAAGGCUUCCAGUGGACACAGUCCACAACAAAACAAUGUCUUUCAAGUGGCAAAUGAUGUUCCAGGGGAAUCGUCAACAGACCCUGCCCCGCAGUCUCCGAGUCAGCAGAGCGAUUCAGCGCCACACGACCCCUUCACAUGUCCAGUCAUUCCAGGAAAAGAAACAACUAUAGAAAUAGAGAAGGGCCGAACAGGUCUCGGCCUCAGUAUUGUGGGAGGGGCCGACACCCUUCUAGGCGCUAUUAUUAUCCACGAGGUGUAUGAGGAUGGUGCUGCAGCCCGUGAUGGUCGAUUGUGGGCCGGUGACCAAGUUCUAGACGUUAAUGGGGAAGACUUAAGGGAAGCUACCCAUGAUUAUGCAAUCCAGGUGCUACGCCAAACUCCGUCAACAGUGAAAAUUUCUGUGUUCCGCGACGACAACCAAGUCAAGGAGGAAGAUAUUUACAAUAUAUUCGCAGUAGAACUUAUGAAAAAGCCUGGACGAGGGCUUGGGCUCAGUAUUGUCGGCAAACGUAAUGAUGUUGGUGUCUACAUCUCGGAUAUUGUAAAGGGUGGAGUGGCCGAGGCUGAUGGCAGACUUAUGCAAGGGGACCAGAUCUUAGCCGUCAACGGAGAGGAUAUGAGAAAUGCCACUCAGGAGUACGCUGCCACAGUGCUCAAGACAUCAAUGGGAAAGAUUAAUCUUUCCGUGGGCAGACUAAAGGCUGGCUCUCGUACCUCCUCCAGACGAAACUCAAAUUCUGGCAAUGCUCUCAAAAAAUCGGAAUCCACUGCUAGCAACAAGUCAAGAGGGAAACACAACAAAAGUCUCAGCGAGGACAUCAGCUCUCACAUACGGGUGGUAGAACUACAGCAUGAUGCCGCAGGAUCCUUGGGUCUCAGUAUCGCAGGCGGCAUCGGUAGCUCCAUUGGAGAUGUGGCCGUUAUGAUUGCAAACAUGACUCCAGGAGGACCUGCAGAAAAGAGUCAUAAACUAAAGAUUGGAGAUAAAAUUCUACAGAUCAAUGACCAGGUCACAGAUGGUCUCAGCCAUGACGAGGUCGUACAACUAUUGAAGACACCAGGCGUCGUGAGACUUCAGGUUCAACAUGGUGAGGAGAAGCGAGUAAGUGUGAGCGGUCACACCUCCCGCCAGGUUAGCAUGGAUAUGUCACAGGAAAUGGCUAACGCCCAACUUGUACCCUCCUCUACAGACAAUGUGUUUGAUGGGGAUGAAGACGGCGCUCCUCCACAACAGAAAGUCAUCACUUUAGUGCGAGGAGGUGACGGAUUGGGUUUCUCCAUUGUUGGUGGCCACGGAAGUCCACACGGUGACCUUCCUAUCUAUGUCAAAAACGUUUUCGCAAAAGGUGCUGCAGCAGAAGAUGGAAAUCUCAAGCGAGGGGAUCAGAUUCUAGUUGUGAAUGGAGAAAGUCUUGAAGGCUGCAGCCAUGAAGAGGCUGUGGUCAAACUGAAAAAUGCCAAAGGAAAUGUUGUUAUGACGAUUCUCACGUCAUAGCAAUGUUUUAAUGCUUUUCUGAAGAUUUACACGACUUUUUUUUUAUCAAAAGUAUGAUAUGUCCCAAAUCCUUAUGAUUUGUACUUUGUUUGCUGUGAGGAUCUUUUUGGUGAUUUCUAGAACAAUGGAAAAUCAGCUAAGAGAAAAAGAGAACAAAAGGUUUUACAGUAUUCCUUGUGAUGCUGCAUCCUUUUGUUUUUUUUGGAAUGUGGUAUUUUCUGUUGGUUGGAAGCUAUAUGUUAUCCGGAGUAUGAAGAAAAUGGGAGAAUUCAUUCAUACUGUUAAGAAGAUAUCAUUCUAUACAGCAUUUUCACUUGUCAAAAUUUUAUUGCACAAUUUUUUGUAUCAUUAAUGAAAAAUAUUAUUUGAUGUUAUACUGGUGAGAUAGAUUCACAAUCAAUAUCACUUUUAAAUAAUGUGAAGAGAAUAAAAGAUUUGCAGAGAUAUUCCAUACCUUAUAAUUGAUUAGGUACAUUUGUAUAAGAUUGGAUUUUAUUACAUAUCAAAUCUGGCGAAGAAAUUCGUGGAAGGCCAUUUCAAUUGGUAUCAUGGUAUGUUGCUGGCUGAAGCAACAACUGGAAAUAGUCAUUUAGGUAUGUUUCUGUGUGAAACAAUGUCCUAAUACGGUAUCAUAUAUGUACUACCAAGUAUAUUUCACAAAUUGAAGGAAAUUUUGGGCUGUUUUGCAUAUUGUCAAGAUAAAUUAAGGUUGUGGUGAUGGUAGACUUAGCGAAUUAAUUCUCACAAAUCAAUUAUGCAAUUUGUAUUUGAAAAUGAUGGGUUUUUUAUCUUUUUUUUUUUUUUUUUUUGUACAUAAUCAUGUUAACAUGUGUGAUUGCCUUUGUUAAUUACAAGACUAUGUACCAGGCAUUCCUAUAGAGUAUUUAAUUCAUGUUACAUUUCCAUAUUCCACUUUCUUAGUUUAGAUACAUAGUUUUUGUAUAGAGUAAAACAUGCAGUUACAUUCACACAACCAACUAUGUACUUUAUUGGUAUAGAAUACACAAAAGGUCUCUAUUUUGUGAAAAUUAAACGAGUCUAUCAGCUCUCUAGGGGUACAGGGAUAUAUGGAUUCUCAAAAACAAGUAUUUGUAGAUUGAGUAAAUCUUUCAAAAACUACUUCUGAAGAGUAACUUGACUAAUUGUAGCUAAACUUUUUAGAUUUUACACGUCUGAUGCAUAAUUUGUAUAUGAUACAUGUACUAUCAACUAAUAUAAAUAACCAGUCUUUGUUUGAAUUCUGAUAGUUUUGGUUAUUAAUUAAAAAUGUGUAUGGGAUGAAUACAUACGGUACUUGUGUGUGAAAAUUAGGGCAUGCAUAUUAAACACUCCAGUGAGUGCAUACUUGUUAUAGAUGAAAAUUAAUAUAUUAUGUUUGAUCUUGUACAAUAUUAAGCAAAACUUGUCUAGUUUUGUAUUUAAAAAUCAAAUUCAAAUAUUUUCGUUUUGUUGGUUUGCUUGUUUAAAUAUUUGAAUGUAUUCUUUUAUCACAAUUGUUGUUUAAUACAUUUGUAUGUACCUAGAUUAUGGCUGUGUAUUUUUUAAAAAAAAUGCAUUAAUUUUCAUUGCAAAUAAUUUCUAUAAAACAGCCCUGUUGUAAGUUCUGAAAGACAAAUUACUGGAGUGUGUCUGUGUUGACCUAGGAACUGUAUCUUUUGACAGUGUGAAAGAUUACUGGGGACUGUAGGUGUUAGUGACAGAUGACUGGGGACUGUAGGUGUUGACGGUCACAGAUUACUGGGGACUGUAGGUGUUAGAGACAGAUUACUGGGGAUUGUAGGUGUAAGUGAUAGAUUACUGGGGACUGUAGGUGUUAGUGAAAGAUUACUGGGGACUGUAGGUGUUGACAGUCACAGAUUACUGGGGACUGUAGGUGUUAGAGAUAGAUUACUGGGGACUGUAGGUGUUAGAGACGGAUUACUGGGGACUGUAGGUGUUAGAGACAGAUUACUGGGGACUGUAGGUGUUAGUGAUAGAUUACUGGGGACUGUAGGUGUUAGUGAUAGAUUACUGGGGACUGUAGGUGUUAGUGAUAGAUUACUGGGGACUGUAGGUGUUAGUGGAAGAUUACUUGGGACUGUAGGUGUUGACAGUCACAGAUUACUGGGGACUGUAGGUGUUAGAGACAGAUUACUGGGGACUGUAGGUGUAAGUGAUAGAUUACUGGGGACUGUAGGUGUAAGUGAUAGAUUACUGGGGACUGUAGGUGUUAGUGAAAGAUUACUGGGGACUGUAGGUGUUGACAGUCACAGAUUACUGGGACUGUAGGUGUUAGAGACAGAUUACUGGGGACUGUAGGUGUUGACAGUCACAGAUUACUGGGGACUGUAGGUGUUAGAGACAGAUUACUGGGGACUGUAGGUGUUAGAGACAGAUUACUGGGGACUGUAGGUGUUAGAGACAGAUUACUGGGGACUGUAGGUGUAAGUGAUAGAUUACUAGGGACUGUAGGUGUUAGUGAUAGAUUACUGGGGACUGUAGGUGUUAGUGGUAGAUUACUGGUGACUGUAGGUGUUAGAGACAGAUUACUGGUGACUGUAGGUGUUGACAGUCACAGAUUACUGGGGACUGUAGGUGUUAGAGACAGAUUACUGGGGACUGUAGGUGUUAGAGACAGAUUACUGGGGACUGUAGGUGUUGACAGUCACAGAUUACUGGGGACUGUAGGUGUUAGAGACAGAUUACUGGGGACUGUAGGUGUUAGAGACAGAUUACUGGGGACUGUAGGUGUUAGAGAUAGAUUACUGGGGACUGUAGGUGUUACAGAUAGACAGAUUACUGGGGACUGUAGGUGUUAGAGACAGAUUACUGGGGACUGUAGGUGUUAGAGACAGAUUACUGGGGACUGUAGGUGUUAGAGACAGAUUACUGGGGACUGUAGGUGUUGACAGUCACAGAUUACUGGGGACUGUAGGUGUUAGAGAUAGACAGAUUACUGGGGACUGUAGGUGUUAGAGACAGAUUACUGGGGACUGUAGGUGUUAGUGAUAGAUUACUGGGGACUGUAGGUGUUAGUGAUAGAUUACUGGUGACUGUAGGUGUUAGAGACAGAUUACUGGGGACUGUAGGUGUUAGAGAUAGACAGAUUACUGGGGACUGUAGGUGUUAGAGACAGAUUACUGGGGACUGUAGGUGUUAGAGACAGAUUACUGGGGACUGUAGGUGUUAGAGAUAGAUUACUGGGGACUGUAGGUGUUACAGAUAGACAGAUUACUGGGGACUGUAGGUGUUAGAGACAGAUUACUGGGGACUGUAGGUGUUAGAGACAGAUUACUGGGGACUGUAGGUGUUAGAGACAGAUUACUGGGGACUGUAGGUGUUGACAGUCACAGAUUACUGGGGACUGUAGGUGUUAGAGAUAGACAGAUUACUGGGGACUGUAGGUGUUAGAGACAGAUUACUGGGGACUGUAGGUGUUAGUGAUAGAUUACUGGGGACUGUAGGUGUUAGUGAUAGAUUACUGGUGACUGUAGGUGUUAGAGACAGAUUACUGGGGACUGUAGGUGUUAGAGAUAGAUUACUGGGGACUGUAGGUGUUAGAGAUAGACAGAUUACUGGGGACUGUAGGUGUUAGAGACAGAUUACUGGGGACUGUAGGUGUUAGAGACAGAUUACUGGGGACUGUAGGUGUUAGAGACAGAUUACUGGGGACUGUAGGUGUUAGAGAUAGAUUACUGGGGACUGUAGGUGUUGACAGUCACAUAUUCCUGGAGGCUAGGUUUUGACAGGCAGAUUACUGGGGACUAAGUGUUAGAGAUAGAUUACUGGGGACUGUAGGUGUAAGCGAUAGAUUAUUGGGGACUGUAGGUGUCAACAGACUCACAGAUUACUGGGGACUAGGUUUGACAGUCAUAGAUUACAGGGGAAUGUAGGUGUCAACAGACUCAGAUUACUGGGGACUGUGAACAGAGUGGCAUGUUACAGGGGGCUGUAGAUGUGGACAGACUCACAGAUUACAGGGGGCUGUAGGUGUGGACAGACUCACAGAUUACAGGGGGCUGUGGACAGAGUGGCAUGCUACAGGGGGCUGUAGGGUGUAUAUUUAAAUCCUUAACACUUUACUGUUGUAUAACACUUAGGGAUGUGUCAGCUGUACCUUCCUUAUCUUGCUGUGUUGGCUUGAUGAUUCAAUCUUCCAGUUUAAUUUUUUUUAUUGAUAUCUGCAAACAACACUUUAGGUCUGUCUAAGAUGCUGUGUGACAGACCUGUACACUUUCCUUUGAUACAAUCAAAAGUUUUCAUUGUGCUUGCAAGUGUGACCAUACUUGUUUUACCAUGUCAGGCAAUUAUUACACCAAGCUUGUAAGAAUAUUGUGAAAGUUCUCAAUGUCUUAGUCUACAUAGAAUUUACACUCACAAUAACUCAAAUAAACUUAUUUACUCUA